AUGGCUCGUCUGCUGAAUAUCUUCGCAACCAUCGCCGGUGUCCUGAGCAUCCAGGCUGAUCCUUUCGCUGACGAUCUAGUUGCAAACUUCACGGCUCUCCUUGGUAAUCCGGAUGUCCACAAGUUCAUAGACAAAGCCCUGAUGGAGGCUCCUCCACCGCCUAACCCCAACAGCCGUGAGCUGGAUGAGGUUCUCGGAGACGGAGAUCUUGCAAGUGGAAGGGAUCGCUACCGGUUCUGUUCUAAAUGCAAAACUAUUCACAGUACGGCCAUCAACGCGUAUUUCAUCCAGCAGAUCACUGAGAUUUGCGAGGGAGACGGGAAUGCUGACUCCUUAUCAACCUACGAGUUCUGUGCUCACCUCAAGAAGAGAAUCGCCUCGCUCGAUCAGGUCUUGAAUGGUUACAUCUUCGUGCGCUCGCGUGCUCUUCAACUCGCAACCUCUACAUGCAUCGGCACUAAUCAGUGUCCGACCAAGGACGCCUACAACGCCUUUUUCAAUCCUAUCGUCCCCGGACGACUCGUCGACUUCACCAAGCUCGACUACUGCCCAUGUGAAACUUUUCCCAAGAUUGAGACUUGUUUUGAACAGCUAUCAACAAGGAUGCUGAAGUACGCCAUCGGCGAGGUGCAGCAUGCAUGUGAUAACUAUGAGGAUAAGGGUUUAGAUGAGUUCUGCGGGUAUGUUGCGACUGACAGCCACUUCGGUGAAGGUCUGGUCUUCGGGUUUGUGGGUGUCUACGAGCAAGCUACUGGUUAUUGUGUCCGCGACCAAUGCCGUUAGUUUCUAAUAGAAACUUUCUAUGAUAUAUCACGGUCCUUGAAUGAGUUUUUCCCCGAAGUCUGUGCUUCUGAUCAAUUCUCCGAUUGUCUUGGAGCGAAACUCCUCGGGGUUCUGGAGUCCAGAAACUGUGACUUUUAUAUAAAGCUGAUUCGAUCGGAAACUCCCCUUUCCUCACACAAUUAACUACAAUUCUACCAGAGCCUGGUUCUCCCUCAUUACAUCAAGCUCACCGCGACUCGACCACAGCCAGUUCCCGUCUGCGAACUAC